UGUGCAUUUCCAAGCUCGCUUCACAUCUUUGAUAAUGUAAUUGAUAGAAAAUUUCUGACACGGCGCAUCUGUUACUAAUCAUUGACUAGUUUCAACGCAUAACUGAUUAUUAAUUGAGAGAUACACAAAAGGAUGUAUCCGUAUUUCGAAUCGGAUUGGAGUGUGCUUCCGCCCGAGCUAAAUCGCAGAUUUAAUCCAGCCUUCAAUAUGGCCACCAUUAAGCAGGUCAUCAAUGAAGCUGUUGAAAGAGUCCGUAUGCCGACACCUAUGCGCUUGCGUGACUUAAUUCGACAAAUUCGAGCCGCACGCACCGCAGCCGAAGAAAGAAGUGUUGUAAAUAAGGAAUGUGCAUAUAUUAGGUCAACUUUUCGUGAAGAAGAUGUCGUCUGGAGAUGUCGCAAUAUUGCUAAAUUGUUAUACAUUCACAUGCUGGGGUAUCCUGCACAUUUUGGUCAACUAGAAUGUCUGAAACUCAUCGCAAGUCAAAGAUUUACAGACAAAAGGAUUGGUUAUUUAGGUGCAAUGUUGCUACUUGAUGAAAGACAAGAUGUACAUUUACUGAUUACGAAUUGUUUAAAAAAUGAUUUAAAUUCACCAACGCAAUUUGUCGUGGGUCUUGCAUUAUGCACACUGGGAGCAAUUGCAUCACCCGAAAUGGCGCGCGAUUUGGCUGGUGAAGUAGAACGUCUAAUGAAGUCCCCCAAUGCGUACAUUCGUAAAAAAGCAGCGCUCUGUGCAUAUCGCAUCAUCAAACGUGUGCCAGAACUAAUGGAGAUCUUUCUACCAGCGACGCGCAGCAUGUUAUCCGAGAAAAAUCACGGUGUCUUGAUUACCGGCGUGACUUUAAUCACAGAAAUGUGCGAGCAUAGUCCCGACACGUUGAAUCACUUCAAAAAGAUUGUUCCGAAUCUGGUACGCAUUCUAAAAAAUCUUAUCCUGGCUGGAUAUUCGCCUGAACAUGAUGUUUCUGGUGUUAGUGAUCCAUUCUUACAGGUUAAAAUUCUAAAAUUAUUACGAGUUCUUGGUAAAAAUGACAUUGAUGCUUCGGAAGCAAUGAACGAUAUUCUCGCUCAGGUUGCAACUAACACAGAAACAAGCAAAAACGUUGGUAAUACCAUUUUGUAUGAGACAGUAUUGUCCAUUAUGGAUAUCAAGUCAGAGGGUGGAUUGCGCGUGCUGGCUGUGAACAUCCUCGGUCGGUUUCUUAUAAAUAACGAUAAGAAUAUUCGUUAUGUUGCGUUGAACACUCUGCUGCGUACUGUUCACGUGGAUACGUCCGCUGUGCAAAGACAUCGCUCAACGAUAUUGGAGUGUUUGAAAGAUCCUGAUGUAUCAAUACGGCGACGUGCAAUGGAAUUGUCAUUUGCGCUCAUAAACACGCAAAAUAUUCGUACGAUGAUGAAAGAAUUACUCGUGUUUCUUGAACGUGCUGAUCCUGAAUUCAAGGCGCAAUGUUCUUCGAAUAUUGUGCUCGCUGCUGAGCGAUACUCGCCUAACAAGAAGUGGCAUUUGGAUACUUUGCUCAAAGUCUUAGUUGCCGCUGGAAAUUAUGUUCGUGACGAUGUAAUAACAUGCACGAUACAAUUGAUUUCCGAAACGACGUCGCAGCAAGGAUACAUCACGCUGCAACUGUGGAAAUUCUUAGCUGAAGAUACAAUGGAUAAACAGCCGCUAAUUCAAGUUGCCACGUGGGCAAUUGGUGAAUACGGUGAUAUGCUUCUGACCACUGAGAUUGAGGACGCGCACGAUGUGAAGCGACCGGCUGAAGAUGAUGUUAUUGAUGUGUAUCAUCGUCUUUUGUGGUCGCCGCAGAACUCAACCAUAACUAAACAGUACACGUUGAUGUCUUUGACGAAAUUAAGCACUAGAUUUUCAUCAAUUACUAAAAUUCAACAAAUAGUGAGCACGUUCAGCUCUAGUUUGCACAUAGAACUUCAACAGCGUGGCGUGGAAUUUUCGCAAUUGUUUGGCAAGUAUGGUAAUUUACGGCCUGCGUUGUUGGAGCGAAUGCCGCCCAUGGAAAUGACACGUAGCUCGGAUGCUCAGACCAAUGGAGAUUCGGAUCUUAACGAUAUGAAGCUGGAUGAUAGUCCACAGCAUCAUAUAAAUAAUGAAUCCAACGCUCUUCUUGAUUUAUUGGGAGGCGAUGGCAGUGACAUGGAUAUCAUUAAACCGAACUCCACGACGACCUCAAGCCAGCCGGUCUCAAAUAGUAAUAAUCAAGACCUGCUGGAUCUGUUAGGCGGAUUGGAUACACUUUCGUCGCCGAUGCCGCCGGCUGAUACCGGCAUUGGGCUUAUUUUGGAAAACAACAAUCCGGUCACAAACAAUGUCAACUCGAACUCGAACUUUUUGACCGGCGAUUUCCUCAAUACUAAUUCAGUUAAUGAAGUUGACGUGCCUACAAUAACGGCGUUCGACCGAGACGGCUUGAAAAUCAUGUUCGCGCUGGAAAAGAUCGAAAGCAACUCGAUUUCCAUCAAUGUCACGGCGUCGAAUCAUACGCUCUCAAAUAUGACUGACUUUUUAUUCCAAGCUGCCGUUCCUAAGACAUUCCAAUUACAAAUGUUAUCACCGUCGGGCACUGUGAUUUCUCCGAACGGGGUUGUGACGCAAGUUUUACGAGUGGUUAAUCCAUCAAAGAGUGCAUUACGCAUGCGCCUGAGAAUUUCCUACUCGCUGGAUGGCAACAUCGUUCAGGAGCAGACGGAGGUAAACAAUUUCCCGACGGAGGUCUGGGAUUGACGCAACGUCGGUUAAUACACUCACGAACGUAACGUAUACAGACAUAACGCAAAAAUGAGAAGAGAAAAAACGACAAUUAGCUGAUAACAUGCUGCACAGAAAUACGUCUUUUACCCCGGACAGGUUUUAAUAAGUAAAUCUAAAUGAUAAGAAGUCUAUAUGAUGAUAUAAUAUGAGAAAUUAAGCAAAGAGAAGAAUCUACUUUUUUCAUAUAAAUACUACCUAAGCGAUUAGGACGAGACACAAACAAUACACACCGCAACACACACAAUAGUUAUGUUUUUAGUGAGAGACACCAACGUUUUUAUCAUUAAUCAAUUGAAUCAAAUGAUUAUACGAGCUAAGAUUUAAUUUAGACAGUACUUAAUUACUUUGUAAGAAUGGUGAGAUAACUUUUUAGUUUAUUAUUGUUUGCGUUAUCAUUUUACGGGGACAAACAAUUCAGAAACUUAAAAAAUCGAAAGCAUAUCUACUUAAAACUUGCACACGGAAAUUUUCAGCUACGAAAAUGAAAUCUAAAUUACAUUAACACCUCCGCCACCCCCGAAAACGUGCGCCAUAUGGUUUUUUUGAAGUGAUUUCUUGCUUGUCCUACUUAUUCUUGAUUAUAUUUGCUUGUUAUAUUUAUCAUGUUAUUUACGUCCAUAUUAGAUAAUGAAUAAACCAUUAUGUAAAUAA